AAAUGUUAGUCUUGUUCUUGGAUAAGUCGCGUGUACCUCGUUUAUUUGACUGCUAGUCUUCGUGAACAUGGCGUUUUUUAGUGUUUUCAUUUUUAUCAUAAUAACCUUGAUAACAACUAUUUUUGCGUUUUUAAAACACCAACAAUCCUACUGGAAACGACGAGGAAUUCCCCACGAUCCUCCAUCUUUUCCACAAGGCAAUCUCUACCCGGCUACAAAACAUAUGCGAGACAUAACCCGCGAGAACUAUCAGAAAUACAAGAACGUUGGACCAUUUGGAGGUUUUUACUUUUUCCUAAAUCCUGCAGUAAUCGUUUAUGAUCUCGAUUUGGCUAGAGAUAUUUUCAUAAAAGACUUUUCAAACUUUACCAGUCGUGGAUUAUUUCACAAUGAAAAGGAUGAUCCUCUAACUGGUAAUCUUCUAUCUUUGGAAGGAGCCAAAUGGAAGUACAUGAGGAAUAAAUUAUCGCCAACUUUUACAUCGGGCAAAAUGAAGUUCAUGUUUCCAACAGUGGUAAUGGUUGCCCAACGUUUGGUUGAUACUUUGGGAGCAGCUAUUGAGAAGAACACAAUUCUGGAGAUAAAGGAUAUUGUAGCACGUUUUACGGUCGAUGUUAUUGGAACGUGUGGUUUUGGCAUUGAAUGUAACAGUCUUAAAAAUCCAGAAGCUGAAUUCCGUGAAAUGGGCGAAAAGAGUUUGUCGCUUAAACGUCAUAAUUUUAUUGUUUCGCUGUUUAUGUUCAGUUUUCCGGAUUUGGCACAAAAACUCCGUAUGAAGCAGACUCACGAUGAUGUUGAGAAGUUAAAGGUAAGUCAUAAGUUCGAUAAAGUUCGAUACAAAUCAUCCUAUGUUAUUAUUUUUCCUUUAGAAACCCUUCGUAAAUACCCAGUCAUCACGAAUCUUGUUCGAAGAUCAAUUAAUGAAUAUCCAACUUCAAAUCCAAAAUUCAUCAUACCCAAGAACUCUAUGGUUCUAAUCCCUACUGAUGCCAUUCAUCACGAUCCUGAAAUCUAUCCCGACCCAGAAAAAUUCGAUCCGGAACGUUUCAGUCCUGAGGAAGUUCAAAAACGUCAUUCAUGCAGUUGGUUGCCAUUUGGAGAAGGUCCCCGGCAUUGUAUUGGUUUGAGAUUUGGAAAGAUGCAGACUUCGAUUGGUUUGGCAAUGUUGAUUAAAAAUUACAAAUUUAGCCCUUGUGAGAAGACACCUAGUGUUUUGGAAAUGAAUCCGGCUAAUAUUGUUUUGACAUCGAAAGGUGGUAUUUAUCUUCGUGUGGAACGCAUUUAAAAUUGUCUGUAAAUGGAAUUAUUAUGGAUUUUAAAUGACGCAAUGGGGCAGUUUUAUGCUCAUUUAUUUCUUCUUGCAAUACCUAAUGCCCUGAGCGAUGGGCGUAGCGCAUGAAGAUGUCUUCAACUGCUUAAUUAAUGAACAAAAAAUAAAUGAUAUUGACAUUAGAAUUAAAUACAAAUAAAACAAAUAUUUUGUACUUGAUAA